GCAGCCGCUGUCUCCAAGGAGAGGGGAGAAAAGCAGAGUGGUGAGGCCAGCAGCUACCCAGGCUCCGUGGUCGCAGCGAGGGUGGGAGGCAGCGAGGGUGGGAGGCAGCCAGCUUGAUCUGUCCAGCCCUGGGGGAAGAGAGGAGUGCCCUCACCUUCCCCCAGCCUGGGAGGGGUGAACUCUGAGUGGACUGGGCAGCCUGAGAGCGAGGUCGCUGCAGGGCCACCAGGGAAAGCUCUGGCAGGGACUGAGGAAUGUAGGGGAACAGGGGAUGGGCCUGGCCUGGCGGCUGAAGCCAGUGGCAAGUAGCAGCGCUGGAGAUCCUGGGCUCUCAGGGAGUAGAACGGAACCUCGGAAUUAGGGAGAACCUGGCCAAGACCCAGCAGCGGCGGAAGGCAAGAGGUGGCAGUGCCAGCGGGGAGGUGCCCACCUCCUCCCCUGCUGGGGUCCAGCCAUGUCCCAGCCUGGAGGAGGCAGGAGGAGGCCCGGGACCCUAGGGCCGCCCACGUGCAGUAUCCGGCCUUUCAAGUCCAGUGAGCAGUACCUGGAGGCCAUGAAGGAAGACUUGGCUGAGUGGCUGAGUGGCCUCUACGGGCUGGACAUCGACCCGGGCAACUUCCUGCAGGAACUGGAGACGGGCUCGGUGCUGUGCCGGCAUGCCAACGCCGUCACUGACGCUGCCCUGGCCUUCCUGGCCGAGACACCUGCCCAAGCCCAGAAGAUUCCUAUGCCCCGGGUCGGGGUCUCCUGCAAUGAGGCUGCCCGGCCAGGUACCUUCCAGGCCAGGGACAAUGUCUCCAACUUCAUCCAGUGGUGUCGAAAGGAGAUGGGCAUCCAAGAGGUGCUGAUGUUCGAGACGGAGGACCUGGUCCUGCGCAAGAACGUGAAGAACGUGGUGCUGUGUCUGCUGGAGCUGGGCCGCCGCGCGUGGCGCUUCGGCGUUGCUGCGCCCACCCUGGUGCAUCUGGAGGAGGAGAUCGAGGAGGAGGUGCGGCGGGAGCUGGCCCUGCCCCCGCCCGACCCCAAGCGGCCCGCGCCCCCCAGGCGCCAGCCCUGCCACUUCGGCAACCUGGACCAGAUGGUACAGAGCCUCGUGAGCCACUGCACAUGCCCGGUGCAGUUCUCCAUGGUCAAGGUGUCUGAGGGAAAGUACCGUGUGGGCGACUCCAACACCCUCAUCUUCAUCCGGAUCCUCCGGAACCAUGUGAUGGUACGUGUAGGGGGCGGCUGGGACACGCUGGGCCAUUAUCUGGACAAACAUGACCCCUGCCGCUGCACGUCCCUCUCACACAAGCCAGGCAGCUUCCUGAAGCCCCCGGCCCCACCAGUGCAGCACGAAGUGAGGGUACAGGAUGGACCCUCCCAGACCCAGCCUACGAUGACCAUCAGCCGCUCACAGAGCCCACCGCCCCCUGUGGACUGGAAGACAUACACCUCUUCAGGCCGAAGGCCCAGGCCUCCCACUCCAUCCUACCCCAGGCCCCGCAGGGAGCGGGGAACAGGGAUGGGGGCCUCCAGAGAGAUGGCACCAUUCCUGAGGUUCCAGGAGAGGUCUCUCACCCCAUCUUGGAGGCGGGAGACAGCUGGGGACAGCCCACCCAGCCCCCGCUCUUCAUCUACCCAAGACCCACAGUGUACCUUGUCAGGGAAGAGGAAGGACAGAUACCCCCCUGAACUCCCCAGGGGAAGGACUCCCACAUCUUGGGUUCAUGAAGAAGCAGGCAGCUGGGGAACCCAUGCCAGGACCCCUACCCCCCAAAGACUCCUAGCCACUGAGGCCAUCACCAAAGGGAUAUCGGCAAGAGGACCAUCUCCCCCGCCUCGUUCCUUUAGCCCAGCCAAGCACCUGGGCCUCAGGUUGCCACUCCAGGAUGAGGCCAAGGGUGUGUUCUCCCAGUUCAGGGAGCCAGAGUCUGUCUGUUCUCCAACCCCUGUCCAAGGCCUAACCAAGAUCCCCAUCCAGCUGCCUCCUGCCCGCCCCCCGACACCAGAAAGGAGCUUUCUUGGUACUGCAAGCAGAAGUCCCAGGACAGAACUUGGGAGAGACCCCAUCCCACUAAGGGCCAUCACUGCAGACCUGGCUGGGUCCACGCAGGGGGAUCGGCAGCUGGAUAUCCAGGUCACAAUGGAGGCUGCAGAGUCCCGGGACCUGGGCCCACAGGAGGAGGGGCAGUACAUGCCGGACAGGAACAAGGAGCGAGCCAUCUACUGCAGCCUUGAAGAGGAGAUUUUGGGCAACAUGACACUACUAGAAGUUGGGGGUGCCUGUCUGCAGGACACAGGGUCUGGGGUCAUCCCUCGCAGCGGGGUCUAUGUUCCCAGCCUGGGUGGGCGGUGGCCAGAGCCUGGAGGUCCUUAUGACAAAGUCAUUCAAGAACUGGCUCAGGGCCCCCCGCGCCUCCUUAAAGUGGACCUGGAAGCCUGGAAGGCAGCCCUGACAGGCUUCCCUAAGCCAGCUGUUACCCCAGGCCCAGGAAGCCUCAAAGGGAAGUUGGGAGCCAGAGAGAGUGGGCCCGGGACAAAGGCAAGCCUGAGUGCCAAUGACACCCGCAUGAGGAAGGUCCCGCCACAGGGAAGGCAGGGCUGCUCGACCCCUACUGUGUCUGCCAGUCCAGUGGCCCCCACAGCUUUGGCCUUGGACCCCAACUCUGACAAAGCCCAGGCAUGUCUGAGCAAGGGCAGGAGAACUCUCCGGAAGCCCAAGAGGGUCCCAUCCAUCUACAAGCUAAAGCUGAGGCCCAGGAUCCGGCCCCGGAGAGACCACAGGCCUGAGAAGCAGCCUUCACGUAUCCCCAAGCCACUGGCCUAUGGCCGCCUGGGUCCAGCCAGGCCGCCUCCAAGGGACAGGCUGUUGAAAGCUGUGCUAGGCAGCAAGGAAGGGGAGGCAUCCCAGGUGGAUGGAGCUUCAGUAGGCGAGGAAGAGGAGGAAGGAAAGGAGCAGAAAGAGCCAGCCGCUCUAUUGGAGAGCAGCCCCCAGCCUCCAGAGGACCUGGGACCUCCCCUGCUUGAUCAAGCCCCACUUCCACCUGAGGAGGAGUCCUGGGUCUGAGGCACAUGAACGUGUGGGGCAGGAGGGAAGCAGAAACGAUGGCCAUGUAUACCCUGGAUCCACAACUGCAGGAGCAGAAGGGACAAUCUCUCACCUCCAUACAGGGGCUUGGGCAGGAGGGGGUCAGAAGACAAAUAUAGACUCCAUCUGCUCAUCUGAGCGAAGGGGCAACCCAUUGCUCGCACUCCAAUUCCAGCGGUAGGCCAGGGGCAGUGGGGCCACCCCAUAUCUCAUUACUCUCUCCCAGAACAGCGCCACACACUCCUGGCCCCUGGCCAUGCCCACCUGUUUCCGUAACUCCCAUAAGUUAUUAAACUCAUAUAUUUCUGCCCUUGA